AUGGUGGGGUUCUGGUGUGGUGGAGGCAACGAAUUAGGUUGGGGUUCAAAAUUUGGGGAUUUAGCCAUUAAAGGUCUUAAAACUUUGAGAAGAGAAGGGAAGGGAAGAGUGGCCAUAGCUCGUCGGGGAAGAGAAACGGGGUCGUCGCCACCUGAGAACGCUACUACCAAAGGAGCAACCAAUGCUAGCAAUGCUAAUCGUGAUGAGGAUGCCAUGACUGUGAUGAAUACACAUGUUGCUGAAUACCUGGAGAAAUUAGGGCUUUAG